AUGGAUGAAGCUUCUCCUCUCAACGGCCAUGACCAUAGCCAAAACAACGAUCAAGAAUCCACUCCCCUGAGACCACCGUCCGAGGAAAGCAGCAAAGAAAAGCCCACGGAUGUUGUCAAACGGCCGAAAAGAGCAAUUCUGUUAGACUCGUGGCUUCUCGAGUCGAUAGCAGUGGGGUUCAGCGCGGGCUGUUUCAUCGCCAUCGCUGUCGUCUUAUAUGUAUUCGAUGGUAAACUGCGACCAGAGAUUGGCCACGAUAUCAACCUGAACACAAUCGUCUCGAUACUUGCGACGGGGUCCAAGUCAGCCUUGGUCUUUGCAGUUGGAGAAGCAAUCGGACAGUUGAAAUGGCUAUGGUUUCAAGAUCCCACAAAAGGCCAAAGCCCUCUGGUCAGCAUACAGAGAUUCGAUGCGGCAAGUCGGGGCCCUAUUGGCUCGCUCAUGAUCCUUGUGCACCAUCGGUCUUGUUCUCUUGUCUCACUCGGCGCCGCUGUGAUUGUUCUCUUGUUGGCUUUUGAUCCAUUCGUGCAACUAGUUUUGAAAUAUCCGGUUGGCUCAACUGAUGAUGCAAGUGCAACAUCCAGAGCAACUGCUCCGCAGCUCCGUCAAUGGAUCACCACGGGCGAUGACACGCGUGAUAUAGGCACUGCUUAUACUGAAGGGUAUUAUUCCCAAAGCCAGGACUUCAGUGUUCCUCCUAUCUGUUCUUCUGGCAAUUGCACCUGGGAUCAAUUCUCAUCGGUCGGCAUUUGCAGCCGUUGCACCAAUAUGUCCACAACCGCCAAAGUGAGCUGCAAAUCGGCGUCGACAGCCGCCAUACGUAAAGCUUGCAGUAUCACGUUUCCGGGGGGUUUCAUUUAUGAUUUCAAAGUCGUUCACAACCAAACCCACAGUAUGGCAAUCGAUACUAACAAAGACACAAUGUCGAUGUUGACGUCUCACGAUGUGACCUUCCCGAGUCCAGUCGUUUGGCAGCCAUUUUCCUACAACGCAUCAUGGAUCCUGCAGGUUGCGUCUGGUGCGGUGGACCGUCAGCUCCCCGAGUUCCCCAAUGCCACACUGGUUGGUGUGAAGGACCCCCAGGUCGCGGCAAUAUAUAUCGAAAUUGGGCUCAAGAACAGUUUCAUUCCAUCCAUUCAACGGAAUACCCUCUCGACAUGUCUACGCGACUAUGAGGUGAUUGUUGACAACGGAACGCCGUCUGUCAAAACCAAGAACAUCGAUUUCGGUACAAUAUACGAAGACACCAUUCCUGGCGGGCUGUGCUGGACGCCUGGCCCACCUGACAGUUUGGGCUUUCAAGAGGGAAAGAAUUUCACCUUUUGCGAGCCUAGAAUGAGCGAGUUGGUGAAUGUUCUAAAGUACUUCCCACAAGACCAAAGCAGAUCAUACACUUGGUAUUACAGUGACCUCGACGAAGAAAUUGGGUCAUAUAACCUUUCCAGGGAGAUUAACUCGAAUUAUGCGUUUCAACAAGAUCAGCUGAAUCGCAACGGUUUCGAAAAGAGCAUCGAAAAUAUGGCUGCUGCCCUGACUAAAUUCGGUCUCGAAGGGAUGAACCAGAGUGCCAAUGGAACCGUGCAAGUUACAAAGGUCUUCGUACACGUUCGAUGGCCAUGGUUGAUUCUGCCUGGGUGUUUAAUUGUUUUUGGAUCCAUCUUCUUGGUGAUCACCAUCGCUGUCAGCAGCAAGAGCCGAGCUCCUCUUUGGAAAUCAUCCGCUUUAGUGCCCUAUUACCACGGCCUUGAGGUUGAGGAUGAUGAUGAAAAUGAGUACCGGGCCUCCAGUGCCAUGGAGAAGAACGCGGAGAAAAACGAUGUUCGAUUGCGGCGAUCCACGACCAACGGGCGACUCAUGAUGCUACGAUGGCAAGAUGACACGGACGACUCAACAUCGAGUAUUCGGGGGGACUCAUCAAGUACUACCAGGUAG